CCCCGUUAGCUUGGGCAGACUAUAAAAAUCACUUGUUGUUCGAAAAAAAACCUCACAUAUGACCGUUUGAAAAUAAUCGGCAGAACAGUUAAAACAUAACCUGCUGGAGCACACCUGGAUUGAACACAGUGAACACAAGUGGCAAAAUGGGACCUCUGGAUAAUGACAUUAAUCAGGAUUUUCAGGAUGCCAUUGAUGUGAUGCAGCGACACUCAGAAAUCUUCUACUACGACACAGACAGUAAAUACAUUGAGAAUAUCAGAAGUCGUGAUUCUUCUGUGCAAUACUCAGUGUCUUGUUACCGCUACACGCCUCACUCUGCAGGAUCAUCUGCCGCGUACGACUGGGGCGAAGCAUCAUCAUGGUCUCAUGUGGUACCAGAGGCGUCUCCAUGGGGAACCCCUGAGCCUUCAGUGCUUUACCCAAUAAUACCUGAACGGCUCCGAAAAGGCCGUAAGAAGCUGCGUCUGUAUGAAUACCUUCAUGAAGCGCUGCACGAUGCCAGCAUGGUCGACUCCAUCCAGUGGACGGACCGUGGCACCGGGACAUUCCACUUCAUCUCCAAAAACAAAGAAAAGCUGGCUGAGUGCUGGGGCCAGCGCAAGGGCAACCGCAAAGCCAUGACCUACCAGAAAAUGGCCCGGGCGCUACGCAACUACAGCCGCACAGGCGAGAUUGUCAAAGUGCGCCGCAAGCUCACCUACCAGUUUAACCCGCUGAUCCUGCAGAGACUGGAGACCAUGACCGCAUCUGUUCCCUCAACACAAGAGCUUAUUCCUCACCACCAAAUCCCUGAACAGGGCUACUACUGCUCAGCUGGAGCUGACUGGCACAGCUGGUACGCACAGUGCCCUUACCCUGCAGAGUACGACUUCACUUCUGCACUAACGUCAACAGAAGGCCUGAAAACACAUGAUCCAUCUCAGUGAUGGGAAAACUGUAAGACAUUCCCUGACAGUGCACACCUGCCUGUAAAACUCCCAAAGGGCAUUAAAUGCUACGCAAUAAACCUGACUGAAACAUGUUACGUAGUCCUGACUAGCACAGGGAUGUACAUACAGAGCAUGAACAGAUCCUACUGAUGUGUAAAACGAGUAAACGCAUUUAUUAAUUAUUAUUUGCUAAUGGGAGCUUGUUUAUGUCUGAAAUUGUAAAUUCCUAUGCACUGUAUUUCACUGAAAACUUGUACUUGAAAAAAAAAACUGAAGUAAAUAUUAGUUUCGAAUGAACAUGACCAUGAACAUGCUUUAUUUAAUUUUUGUAAACUUUCAAAAUAAAACUGUACCUAUUUUCCAGUGUUCAAAAGAUCUGGUUCGUGUUGCAGGAUUAACUUUCACACAUAAUGUCUUCACUUCUUUGUCAGUCAGAGUUUUAUUCAAGAUAAAUGAAGCAGUCAAGAGAGAAG